UUCAAUUGCAAUUUCAAUUUCUAUUUGAAUUUAAGUUGAAUCUGAAUUGAAAGCAAAGCUGAUCGAGCGCAAGAAUCGUGAACAAAGGACUGACGACACCUGGGUGACGAUCGAUUAAUCCUAGUUCAGUUGAUAAUCGCGUGAAGUGCGAUUGUCGAAUCCGACGUGAUGCGCGCCAAUAGAGCGUGGCUUCGUAGACGAGUUGCGUAACCUGAACAGUAAGAAUUGACACACACAGAAGACCGUGUGGGAACGUGAAACACGGCACGGUCUGGCUGAACCACGACGUAAGAUCGUUCUCGAGAUCGUCGGGAAUGAAGACCACCACUGGAUACGAGCUGAUGGAACGACAUCAAGAGGAAGACGUCCUAACGGCGGUACGAGGAUGACGCCGACCAGGACGGUGGUCAGGUUCUCGAGGUUACUCGUCCUCGUGCCUGUCACCGUCUGCGCAACCAUUUCUUACCUCAACGAGCAGCAAUCGCCGCCACUACCGCGAUGCAGAGACCGAACACCGCCUCCUCAGACAUUGGCAAAGUGCCGCUACGACGUCGAUUGUAUGCAGAAUGCCUACUGUUGGAACCAGGAAGCCUGUCUGUGCAAAGACGAUUACAUCGUCUACAGAAAUCGCACGCACGUGGAAUGUCUGAAAGUGGCAAAUACCAUCGGGGACCCCUGCGAAGCGGACGUCCAGUGUCGCGUGACCUUCGCCCCUUAUUCAGAGUGCCGGCAAAAUAUCUGCCAAUGUACCGACAGCUCGCACUACGUGGAAGGAAGGUGUUACGAGUCCGUUGGUUUGGGGCUGCCUUGCCUAACGCACCGGAACUGCUACAUCAGAGAUAGCUACUGCGUGACGGGAUUUUGUGCGUGUACCUUGAGGUAUCAUCCGAAUCCUCGCAACGACGGUUGCAUACCGAGCGCUGAGUUGGGCGACAAGUGCUCGAACGAUUACGAAUGCGUUGUGGAGAAUUCGAAAUGCGUUGAGGUCUGCUCGUGCAAAGUGGAUUACGUGCUGUCCAAGGAUGGCAAGCGGUGUCUAAAAGCUGCCAAUUCCGUCGGAGAACCGUGUCAAGAGGACUCCCAAUGCCAGCUAUUCCUGAAAGACACCAUAUGUGGAUUUAAUGGCAAGUGCAGCUGCGUCGAGAACUUUCAUCAACGCGGCUCCGUGUGUUUCAGAGACACGAUGUUGGGCGCUCGAUGUGAGAUCCACAGAGAGUGUAAUACGUUGACCUAUAGACAUUCAAAUAUAACCGAGGUGAUGAGCGUCGAUUGCAUUGGUGGUUUUUGCAUUUGCGCCAACGAUUACACUGCUACAGAGGAUAUGCGCGAUUGCAUCCGAUAUAGCGACAACGGCGCUGUAGCUACAACAUCUGAACGGCAAAUGUCCCUAGUUCUAUUUUUCAUAUUUUUCGCGAAUGUUUCUAUACUUUGAGCAUUAUCCAUAUAGGAAUUACAAUAAUCUUUAGAUUAUAAUUUUAUAAUACAAUAGUUGUGCGGCUAUAUAUAUUUCAGUAUGUUCCGUUUCAUUGUAAAUACGUCGCAUUAGUGUGUACAGACAGAAGAAAACACACACCGCUACCAAAGAUAAAGUAUGCACGCAAUCAACUCAAUAGGAAAUAUCUUGUACGGAAAAUACACUU